GACACGUUUGGCAAAUGGAUUCCAUUUAACGCUCUUAUUGGAAUUUGUCCUUUCCUUAAGUUUUCUCAUCCCAAAGUGCAAAAGGGAUUCACUAUCAGCCUGAACCAGGUUUGACUGUGGACCAGACCAGACCAGCUCACAGCUCGGCGAUGGAGCCAUUCAGUCGGGAUACCUGCAUUCAGACACUGGAACUCAAUAUGAUCGUCAAGGAGGAGCAGAAGGAGAGAGAAAUUAAGGAGGAAGACGAGGAGAUUGAGGACGACGAGGAAAACGGUGACACAUUUGACUUAGGAGAGUGCUCCAUCCCUGGCCCAGAGAUUGACCCCCACUCUAGCAAUCAGAUUCCCAAAACUAAGAGAUAUCCCUGCACUCUAUGUGUCAAGAGUUUUCAGACACCGAGAAGUCUGAAGACUCACCAGAGAAUACAUACUGGAGAGAAGCCUUAUCACUGCUUGCUGUGUGGAAAGCGCUUCAGUCAUUCAGGAAGCCUUAAGGAACAUCAAAGGGUACAUACAGGGGAGAAGCCUUACCACUGUUCUCUUUGUCAAAAGAGUUUCAGUCAGCCAGGAAACCUAAAGACACAUCAGAGAACACAUACAGGGGAGUCACCUUACCACUGCAUUCUAUGCGGAAAGAAUUUCCGUUAUGCAGGAGACCUUAAAAAUCAUCAGAGAGUUCAUAGUGGAGAGAAACCUUACCACUGCUCAAUUUGUGGAAAGACAUUUAGUCGGUCACGCAGCUUAAAGAGUCAUCAGUUAAGACAUAUUGGAGACAACCCUGUCUGUCCUAAAAAUGUGGUUGUCAAAGAGGAGAAGGGUGAGAUAGAAAUUAAUCAAAAUAGAAAUGUUGAGGAUGAGGGUAAUAGUGCUGUUGUUGAUCCAGGUACAUCAAGAUCGGGUCGUGGGGGCUACCCCUGCCUUCAGUGUGGAAAGAGUUUCACCUCCUCAGGUAAUCUAAAGAAUCAUCAAAGAGUACACACUGGAGAAAAACCUUUCCACUGCUCUGCAUGUGGCAAGAGUUUCAGCGAAAAAACAAACCUUAAGAGACACGAGAGAGUGCAUAGUGGAGAGAAGCCUUACCAUUGCACCCAAUGUGGGAAAAACUUCAAUCAUUCCGGAAGCCUUAAGGAACAUCAAAGAUCACAUACAGGGGAGAAGCCAUACCAUUGUUAUUUUUGUCUGAAGAGCUUUACUCAGCCAGGAAACCUUAAGGCACAUCAGAGAAUACAUACUGGGGAGAAGCCUUACACCUGCUCUUUAUGCGGAAAGAAUUUUCGUUUUGCAGGAGACCUUAAAAACCAUGAGCGAUCACACAGUGGAGAGAAGGCAUACCACUGCACUGAGUGUGGGGAGGGAUUUACUUGGCUUAAAAGUCUAAAAAGUCAUCAGAGAUUACACAUUGGAGAAAACUGUUCUUUCAGUUUAAAUCUGGAAGAGAUAGAUAAGUGGGGAAUGAAUGAGACAGAAAAUAAAGAUCUUGAGGUAGGGGAGGACAAUAGUUUGGUUGAUCCAGGUACUUUAACCUUACCUGAUUAUGUGGAUUACCCCUGCUCUCACUGUGGGAAGAUAUUCAAUAAUUCAGCAAACUUAAUGCAACAUCAGAUUCUACAUGUUAGAGAGGAACCUGGAUGUACUUUCAACGUGAUUGUCAAAGAGGAGAAAGUAGAUGAAGGAGAAGUGCGAGGAGGUAAGGUAGUGGAUGUCGGAAGAGAAUACGUAAGCUAAUUUUGUAGGAAGGGAACAACACUGUGUCAGGGCAUAAGCAACAUGACUGAGGUCUGUCUUUAUUUUUAAAAUAUUAUUGUGUGGAAAGUUUGCGUGAAUUAAAAUGCCACAUACCUCCACCUACUGGUGCAUACCACCACCUACGAAGCAGCGAUGGAGGGUGUGGCCUGAACUGGCAUGUAAAACCCUGAUUGGUGGUUCACACCUGCUGCUCAGGAGUAAAAUACAGUUUUCUCCUGCUGUUGUUGAUAGAGAUCAAGGAAAAACUAAAUGGUUCAAGUGUUUUAUCCAAUUGCGUGGAGCUCCUGGGUUGGAUGUGGCAUUAGUCACUGGGCCAGCUAUUUAAAAUGUAAAAAGUUAUGCCUCAGCAUUGCUAUUUUACAAAUUAAGUAAAUGAACUGUUGUUCAAUAUAGCAUAGGAUGUCUACACAUAUGAAGCCCUCCAGGUACACAACCUUUUGUUCACAUUUCAUGAAUCAACCCAUUUAAAUGUAAUAUUUGAUUAAGCCCACCUGCAGCAUUUACAGGGGAUGAGUCUCUGAAUGUGGGAACACUAACUUGCGGAACCUGUCCGGGCUCCAUUCUAGUCACAUGUUUCUUAUCUUAUUUAACAAAAUGUUAUCCAUUGCCACCUCAUCCAAAUGCACAGUGCAGGCGACAAGUAACAGUACUGCAGCAAAAACACUAGUGACAUUUGAAAACAACACUGCUUCAUACCAUAGAUUUCUACCUAGUUUCUCAAAUUGCAGCCUGACACCUGUGUAGGGAUUUACUUUUGACGAUGGGCCCUGUGGACUAUUCAGUACAAAGUAAGUCCAUAGAAUCAGUAUUUUGCAUUGACAUCAAAGGUAAACUGUUAUUGUAUUAUAUUAUGUUCUGUAUGUAACCUUUCUGAAAUGUAUCAUUGAAUUGAAUCAUAAAAAAAAC